UUAAAACAAAAGUUACUGAGUAACUGACUGGAUGCUUUAACGUGCGUAUCUGAUUGGUGCCAUCUCACGUCAAUCAACCCACGCUGACGCGCACCCCUUCCUAACGAACCAAUGAAACGGCGCGUACACGAAGAGUCCGCCCGCCGUAGUGACGUCAUCUCCGCAGUUAAGCGCGCACCCGCUGACAUGAGAGGCGCGCGCGCGUCGUCACGUCAGGCGAGCUGCAGUUGAACUGUCGACGACGCACCAGAAGGCAUCAUGGCUACACCGACGUCUCUGGAUCCAGAGCUGGUUCGGGAGGUGUUGGAAUGUCCCAUCUGCCUGGAGACCUACAACCAGGACCAGCUCCGGCCCAAACUGCUUCAGUGUGGUCACUCCGUGUGUCGCCAGUGCCUUGAGAAACUCCUCGCCAGCACAAUCAACGGCGUGCGCUGUCCCUUCUGCAGUAAAGUCUCCCGCAUGAGCAGCAUUUCCCAGCUGGCCGACAAUCUCACUGUGCUGAAGAUCAUCGACUGCGCCAGUUCAUGCGGAUCCAACAUGGGUCUCAUGUGCAAGUCCUGCAAGAACCGUCUGCCCCGUCAGUACUGUCAUGACUGUGGCGUCGUGUUGUGCGACAUCUGCAAGAGCGAGAGUCACCAGCGGCAAGGUCACGUCGUGCAGGCCAUUCGCGUGGCCGCCGAACAGCGUCGGAAGGACCUCGGCGGGAAGCUCACUGACUUGCGCGAGGCGAUGGGCAACAUUCAAAAAAAGAAAGCCGCCAUCGACAACGUCGCCAAAUCGCUCCGACUCAAGUACAAGGCGGUCCAGCAGGAGUACGCCAAGGCUGAACUGCGGCUCCAGGAAGAACUGAGCCGCUCCCGCCGGGCCUUCACCGCUUCCAUGGCCGAAAUAGAGAAGCUCAAUGCACAGAUCCUGGAGGAGCAGACGUACCUGCUCAGUAUCGCUGAGGUUCAGGUGGUGUCCCGUUGCGACUAUCUCACCAUGAGGAUCAAGCAGACCGAUAUCGCUCUGUUAGAGGAGGAGAGCAAUAACGACGAAGAGGAGCUGGACUUAAAAACCAAUCUGCCUGUCGUUCUGAAACUACAGGACCCUGAACUGCUUAAAACUGAGCAUUUGAAACCUUUAGAUGUGGGGCAGCUGACUACAAAACCCUGCACCGUCAAUGCAGAGGAGGAAGACGUACUGGAGUUAGCCGCUGCCGCUCCUCUGGACAUUUAUCGGGAUAUUGAUAUGGAAACGGCUGUGGAAGAGGCGGUCUGUGCUUCGCCCGUCAAUUUCAAGUCCAAGUCCGUCGACGGUGGGGAACCAUCUCCAGGGGCUACCGGCGGCCAGCUCUGUCAGUUCGUGAAAAAGAUGGGCUGCAAGGGGAACCUGCCCGGCAUGUUCAACCUGCCGGUCAGCAUCUGCGUCACGUCGCAGGGAGAGGUUCUCGUGGCCGACCGGGGGAACUACCGCAUCCAGAUCUUCAACCGCAAGGGCUUCCAACGGGAGAUCCGCCGCAACCCGAGCAGCAUUGACAACUUCGUCCUGAGCUUCCUCGGCGCCGACCUGCCCAACCUCAUCCCCCUCUCCAUCGCCAUCACCGCUCAGGGCCUCAUCGGCGUCACCGACAACUACGACAACUCCGUGAAGGUUUACACCGCAGACGGCCACUGCGUCGCCUGCCACAAGAACCAGCUCAUCAAGCCGUGGGGGAUCGCCGCCAUGCCCUCGGGUCAGUUCGUCGUGUCGGACGUGGAGGGCGGCAAGCUCUGGUGCCUGGCGGUGGAUCGCAAUGUAGGGGUGGUGAACUACAACCGUCUGUGCUCGGCGGUCAGGCCCAAAUUUGUGACUUGCGACUCCACAGGAACGGUCUACUUCACGCAGGGUUUGGGCUUGAACAUUGAGAACAGACACAACGAGCAUCACCUGGAAGGGGGCUUCUCCAUCGGCUCGGUGGGCAUGGACGGCCAGUUGGGAAAACAGCUCAGCCACUUCUUCUCCGAGGCUGAGGACUUCCGAUGCAUUACGGGCAUGUGCGUGGACUCAAACGGCGACUUGCUCGUGACGGACAGCGGCCGCAAGGAGAUCCUCCAGUUCCCUAAAGAAGGCGGCCAUAACGUUCUCAUUCAGGAGGGUCUUACCUGCCCUGUAGGGGUCGCUGUUACUCAGAAGGGACAACUGCUGGUUUUGGAUUGCUGGGACCACUGCGUGAAGGUCUACACGUACUUGCAGAGGAGACGUUCCUCUACCUGCUAAACCCGGCGUGUGUGAAGGACAUUUUUAGGAGCGCUUUAAUUCAACGGCAACAUCAUAAAUGAGAUUCACCACUGCCAUGGAGCGACUGCAGGACGUGUAUUAUUUUGGCUGCUUUGGACGAAUACAGCACAACUGAUGGCAAUAACUGAGAGCGUGUGGACGUUUGUUCUCAUCUGUGGUUUCUACGGACAUUAAAAUGGCGUUUUGAACAUUUGAGAAGCAAGCUGAAGUACUACAAACAUGACUGGAAUAGGAAAUGUUUUUACCCAGAUGGAAAAUCUGCUGAUUCAGAACACCGCUGGUGUGUGUGUGUGUCGUCAUGUUCACGUGUCCUAGUUUUUUCCCCACAAUGCCUCAAUGUUAAAGUGCCCCCUUAUAUCUCAAGCCUGUAAAGUGAAGCGUCUCACUCGUGUUUCAUCAGAUGUUAAAAUACUCGUGAACAUUAAUCUUGGGGAAUCGAUCGAGUUAUAAGUUGUCUGUUACUGUUAAACAUUGGUUGUACUGUAAUCGGACUGUCAACACACAUGCACGUCACAGCAGUUAAAUACACUACACACACGAUAUGAUAUAAUGCAUUUAAGUGUCCUUGUUUUUAAGAGAUGGUCGCGUGGAGAGAUAAAGGGAGUUUGGGUCCUGCUUGAAGGCUUUAUUCAGCACUUCUAAAAUCAUUGAAGAUAUUAGAGACUUAUUUGAUUUGCACACUUCUGGUCUGCUGUUACCCUUUCUUACAUUAAGAAACUGCUCUCAAAGCUCUGGAUUAAUGAGGUUUUCUUUAAUAUUCACGUGUUUAUAUUAAUUUCAGUAAGAUCAGCAGCAGUGCUGGUGUAAUCAUUUAUAAAGCCAUAGAGAUGCUCUUUUCUAUUAGUUCUUUCUCAUUACCCAUCAUACCUCUGGGUUAUAAAACCUUUACACCGUUGUACUUCAAAUAAAACGUUCACAAGAUCACAACAUGAUGAUGUGUUUAUGCAUUGUUGGUGUCUGGGAAACGAAUCCCAAAUUCUUGUUUGUAUUGUUCUUGAACAAACUGCGUGCAAUAAAGUCAACAUAUCUGAACUCUUGUCUUUCAUGACUC